UAACACUAACCUUAAUCACACUGCUAAUCGUAUGCCUAUCCCUACAGUUAAAUUAAGACAAAAAUCACAUUUUUAGCAUAUACUUUGUGGCUGUGUUAUCUAUAGUGGAAACCCUGGCACUUUGCUGACUUGGGAGGUGACUGAACUGUCUUCGGUUUGUUGGGCAGAGAGGAACUUCACAGCUGCUACGGGUGUGGUUUUUAACGUGAUAAAUCUUAACGAAGAGAAUAGUGCAUAACAUCACUCACACACUGAACGACUAAAUUAUAACUCCGAGGAAGAGGAGCAACAUAGCUCUGCGUCACAGUGGUUUAUUGAAUUUUGGUUCAUUGCAAAUUGGCAUCGGAAAUCGAUCUGCUCCGCGGUCUUCACAGCUGGAAUACUUUUGCUGAGGUUCCGUGACCCUUUUUCUUGGUCUAAAACGUGAACUUAACUGAUUUUAUUGACGCGCCCUCAAAAUAAAUUGUUGUUACUCAAAGUUUGUGUCCUCGUAAUGACAAACAAAUGACAUUUUUUCUAUCGGCUUGGAUAGAAUGUUCAAAAAUAGGCCUUAAACUUGGUUUACAAACGAGGAAACAUCUGGAUUAGAAAAAGUGAAUUCGGACUAAAUUUAAUAAAUCAUUUGGAUGCUGGUUUGUGGGUGAAUCAAACUUAUUUUCCAGUCGUAUUUCUCAAAGAGGAAGUUGCAUUUCUCAACCCCACAACACUGGACUGGGAACUAUUAAAAACAAAAAAAACACUCACAGAACUAGAGCCCUAAAUAGGCUACAUCAUUUUUGUGUGAUAUCGUUCCGAUAAACAGCAGUCCUGAAGCGUGCACUUGGAACCAUGGGGUGUACAGUGAGUCAGGAAGAUAAAGCCGCGGCCGAGAGGUCCAAAAUGAUUGACAAAAACCUUCGAGAAGAUGGAGAGAAGGCGGCGAGAGAAGUGAAACUGCUCCUUUUGGGUGCUGGAGAGUCAGGGAAGAGCACCAUUGUGAAACAGAUGAAGAUCAUCCAUGAGGAUGGCUACUCAGAAGAAGAGUGUAAACAGUACAGAGCUGUGGUCUACAGCAACACCAUCCAGUCAAUCAUGGCCAUCAUCAAGGCAAUGGCUAACCUCAAGAUCGAUUACGAAGAGGCCGCUCGAGCGGAUGAUGCCCGCCAGCUGUUUGCCCUCUCAGGGGCUGCUGAAGAGCAGGGCAUCCUGCCAGACGACCUGUCCAACGCCAUGCAGAGGCUGUGGGGCGACGGAGGGGUGCAGGGUUGCUUUACGCGCGCCCGCGAGUACCAGCUCAACGACUCGGCUGCCUACUACCUGAAUGAUCUAGAGAGGAUAGCCAAAGCAGACUACAUCCCCACACAGCAGGAUGUGUUGCGGACCAGAGUCAAGACCACCGGCAUCGUGGAGACACACUUCACCUUCAAAGACCUGCACUUUAAGAUGUUUGACGUGGGUGGCCAGCGUUCUGAGAGGAAGAAGUGGAUCCACUGCUUUGAGGGAGUCACAGCCAUCAUCUUCUGUGUGGCCAUGAGUGCCUAUGAUCUGGUGCUGGCUGAGGAUGAGGAGAUGAACCGGAUGCACGAGAGCAUGAAGUUAUUUGACUCCAUCUGCAACAACAAGUGGUUCACAGAGACCUCCAUCAUCCUGUUCCUCAACAAGAAGGACUUGUUUGAGAAGAAGAUCACCCACAGUCCCCUGACCAUCUGCUUCCCAGAGUACUCUGGUCCCAACAAAUUUGAAGAGGCACAGGCCUACAUCCAGACCAAGUUUGAGGACCUGAACAAGAAGAAGGACACCAAGGAGAUCUACAGCCACUUCACCCAAGCCACCGACACCAAGAACGUUCAGUUUGUCUUCGACGCCGUCACCGACGUCAUCAUCAAGAACAACCUGAAGGACUGUGGUCUCUUCUAGAGCGAAGCCUGAGGAAGAGUCAAGUCUUCCCUCAGAUGACUUGAACAGCUCUGAUAACCAGAAGGAAGGAUGGGGCAGACAGACUGCACUGGCCAACCACGAUUUCUGCUUUUAUCUGCUUUUUUUAAAGACACCUAAGAGACUGAGAACUCGGAGAGCCUUGCAGAAUUUCAACGAUUGCUGAUCCAGUUGCUCAUAAUUGUUAACUCUUUCAGCUAAGACCUUGAAUCAAACAUUUAUUGUCUUUUUUGUUUUGUUUUUCUUUGUUUAUUUUCAAUUAUUCGAGGACAAAAUGGAAAAGUUUUUAUUAAAUGCUUUCAUGUUACUUUACAAAAUCUAAUGUGCAAAUUCCAUUAAACUUUUAAUCACAUAAGGCAUAUUUUUUUUAAAGAAGCACAGGCAUGAAUAGAGAAUAUGAAUCGAAAAAGGAGUGCUUUUUUAAAUAAUGUUUACAUAUGUUCCUCAUUCAUAGCCGAACCGCAUAUUGUUCAUAAUAAUAUAAUAAUAAUAAUAUAUGCCAUUUAGCUGAUGCUUUUAUCCAAAGCGACUUACAGUCAUGUGUGCAUACAUUCUACGUAUGGGUGGUCCCGGGAAUCGAACCCACUACCCUGGCGUUACAAGCGCCAUGCUCUACCAACUGAGCCACAGAAGGACCACAUGCAUGCAUGACACAAGAUAUAUUAGCUCUGUAAUCUGCACAGAAUAUUUUAACAUUCCUUUUAGAAAAUCAAAAUAAAAAAAUAUAGAAAAGUAAAAACGAAAACAAAUCUUCACAACCAGGGGAAAGAAUAGCAAAACUUCUAACUGAUAUUUAAAAUAUGUACUUAACAUUGUUAUUUUUUAUAGUACCAUUUACAUGUCUUUUGCAGUAUGUUUGUGCCUACACUUCAGUUUACAACUGAUUCUUAGAUAUACUUUUAUCAGUACUGAUUGACCGACUGACUGUAUGCAUACAUUUUUUUUCCAUUUUGGUCAAACCAUCUUAAGGAUAAAUAGGUCAUAAGGAAAGACAAAAUCUAAUUGAGAGAUAGGUUAGGGUUUUUGGUCAAAUUUUAAAUGCUUUAAAAGUCCUUAUGAUUAUUUAAUUGAAAUAAAAAUAGCACCUGACACA